AUUAGUCAUUCUCGAGUGGUUACAUUACCCAUUCAGAGAAGACAGCUGAUUUAAAUGCUCCCACACAUAUACACGAUAAAACCACGAUAAAACAUGAUAAAAAUGAAAAUUGUGUAUUUUAUGCAGAUGCUAAUAUUUUGGAUAAACUAGUUGUUUAGUGGUAUUGGGAAGGUGUCGCGAAAAUGUAUGCAUUAUUAUUAAGUGAGACAAAACUCAAUUCCAUACUAUGAAGAAUACAAGCGAACUAUUCGUUUUCUUACUUAUGUCUGUCAUAUACAUUAUUUGGUUGUACUGUCACGAAGAAUACUCCACUAUUCGAAACUCCAACGAAACCGUUCUUUGGGAAGACAACCACCUAUCGGAUGAUCCUAUCAUAUUCUCGAGUCCAAGUUGUCUAGAUGAAGACGGAAAACCCAUCAAGAGAUUAUGUUCCAAUGGCACCUGGAUACCAGAAAUUCCACCUAUUUGCGACAGGAUAUCCACGAAUGUUCUCUGUCCAGAUGAAUUUUAUGAAUAUAACGGAUUAUGCAUCAUCGGAUAUGAGAAGUAUCUCACCAGAAAUUCAGUCAGUAAAUCCAAUAACUUAUUCAGUUCCCUGAAUAACAAAAAUAUCACUAUCUGUAACGAGAAUGCUGAAGUAAGGAGGAAUUCAGAAGCUGUUAAUUGCUGUUAUAUGGUGAACAGUGGGAAAUGGGAAAGAGGAAUGCAUUGUAACGCUACACGAUAUGCUAUAUUACCCUACGAUCUUAGAUUCCAUCUCUGUCCAAAAGAUUGUAUUCAGUCUGAAUUAGGCAAUGAAAAAUGUUUUUGUAAAGUUGUGGACGAUAGCAACAAUAAGCUCGCUGGGGUAGAGACAUUAAUACGACGCGAUAUGCUAGCUAAAUUAGUAGGCAAUGAUAUCUGCCGAGUUAAAGACGAUAUAAAACCUACAGAAAGUAAAUUCAAUACGGUCAUUACUCAUAAUUUCUAUGGAUACACGAACAAUAAUACGAAUUGCUCAAUAAUAGAAGUAGGUGCUUUGGAGAAGAGCCAGAAUCCAAAACCAAAAUUAGUAAUGAAUUUCGAUCAGAAAAAAAGAAAACUCACCCUGAUGAUCGAAAAUCCUGAUGGACUGUCACCGUCGAAAAAAUAUCCGUUGAUUUGCUUAACCAACGCUGGAUUCGAUCCCCUAAGGACGGCGGAUAUCCACAGGAACCGAAUGAAACGAGAAUCGAAGCAUUUUGAAAUUUAUGACGUCAAAUUAGAGAAAUACAUCGGAGAGUACUGGUGCGAAGCAUAUGCCUUAAACUUAAUGAAAUUGAAAUCAAAUGUUGUAUUAGCCUACAAAGAAAGAGGGGGCAAUGAAUUUGCACUCAGAUUGCGAAUCAGAAGGGUAAAGGAUCAUUUUGAUACGGAUCAUGGGAAAAUACGUAGGGAUUCUUUUCAGAAAAAAUUAUCUUCCUAUAUUCAUGAACUAAUAGACGCUGAAGUAAGAUUCAUGAGAAUUUUUAGAUUCGAGCCUCAAAUAGCAGAUGUUUCACUCCAUUUAACUUUCAAAAAGCCUAGAGAUAUUUCAUACGAGUAUAGGGAUGUAGAAAAAAAACUACUGAAAUUGCCAGAUUAUGUGGAUGUCUUGGAUUUAUCUCCAGUAGAAUUCUGUUUACCGGAAACUACUGAUACAAGAGAAACUUCAAGCGAAUUGCAUUGGGAUCUAACAAGAAUCUGGGAAAGAAGAAUACCAAGGCAGCUUUGCUACCAAGAUAACGGAAUUCCUGUAUCCCGGAUAUGUGAAGGAAAUUUCAUCAUAGGCGCUUCAUGGUCCGAUCCAACUGGAAAAUGUUCAGAUAGGAUACAAGUACCCGAUUUAACUAAAUAUUUGCAUGAAAGUCUAUACACGAAUAUCUCCAACGAUUUAGUUGACAAUUUCACCUCAAUAACAUACGACCAUCCACUAUCGUACCUUGACAUCUACUUUUACAGCGAGUUGAUCAAAAAAGUAAAUCUGGAAAACGACGAAAAUCUCGAUAGCAUAAAUAACAUCUUUAGCAUCAUUAAUAAUCUAUCUAAGGAGAACAAGUCUUCUCUGAGCUCAUCCCAAAUAUUGUUCAAUGCUACAGAUACUCUACUAUUGUUAUUGGAUGACCAAUCCUCCAACAAACAUACGAAAGAUGAAUCAUUUAUUUUUUCAGCAGACAACAUCCUUAUUAGAUCCGUGUAUCCAUUCAAAACCAACGUAAGUGGAAUAUAUCUGAUUGGAAAUUCGAAUUCAUCCUUGAACGAGUUGAAACUAUCUUAUUUAUAUCGAAAUGAAACAAUACAUGACAUAAAGUUAGGUUUCCAAGAAGAAGUUGACUUGGCUGUUAGUGUACCCGAGGAAGUUAUCAAAUCAAUCGAAGAAGACGCAGUUAAUGUGGAAGACAUACAAAUAAUUUUCACCAUAUUCUAUGAAGAUUCCUUGUUCUUAAGUAAUCAACAUAAGGCUGCCAGUAAAGUUGUCAGUGUAACAAUUCCAGGAUAUGGAUCGUAUUUGGAAGAGCCAAUUCCAAUUCUGAUGAGAUCAUCAGUUAAUGGUGAGGGAAGUUGCGGAUUUUGGGAUUUAGGACAAGGUCUACAAAGGAAGAGAGGCGAGUGGUCCUCAUUCGGAGGUUCCUAUGCAGGAAAUUUCUUAAACAAUUCGGAUCUGCAUAUUUGUAACUUUUCUCAUUUAACGCACUUUGCCUUACUGAUCGUUAGUGAACCUAUACGGGUAGAAGAAGGAUUUGAAGAAGUCACAGAUUUCUUAAUAGAUAAUGACGAAACUUACUAUUAUUUGAAUAUCAUAACUAUCAUUGGGGGAGUGCUCUCUGUAAUAGGUAUUUUAGGCAUUUACCUCACUGCGAUUAUCUUCAGCCAAUGGCGGGAAAAAGAUGGUACCAAGAUCCUCUUAAAUUUAUCCACUGCUAUACUUUUGGAAAUAAUAUUCUUACAAUUCUCAGGAGCAACAAACAUUGGUAGUGAGAGUCAAUGCAAAUUAGUAGGUUGUUUACUACACUAUACACUUCUAAGCAAGUUCUGCUGGAUGCUGAUCUACGCAUUGUUACAAUAUAGGCGAUUCGUCAAGGUUUUUGGUGUAGCUCCUAAGCAUUUGAUUUUGAAAUCUAUGUUUUUCGGUUGGGGAUUUGCUAUUGUUCCUGUUGCGUUAACUCUUUUAUUCAGUCCUGAUGGUUACUCGAAAUCAACCAUUUGCUAUGUGCAUGGUUUACCUUUGUAUACUGCGGUUAUAUUUCCAGUUUCAAUUGUAAUGAUUUCUAAUUUAGUUGUGUUUUUCAUCGUUAUGUACAAUGUGACUACCAAGAAGGUGGAAUCGACUGUAGAAACCAAAUUUAGUAUUUUACAAUUAUACCUAGCUGUGCUAUUGUUUUCAGUGUUAGGAAUACCUUGGUUGUUUGCUAUUUUAGCAGAAUUUGUCAAGGAGAGUACAUUUAAAAAAGUUCUACUUUAUUUCUUCUGUAUAACCGGAACCUUGCAAGGUUUCAUUUUAUUCAUUUUUUAUGUUGUUAUCAAUGCUGAAACGAGAGAAAGGUGGAGAAAAUAUUUAUGGAAAAGAUAUUAACCUCCUGAGAAUUAAGAUUGAUGGUGAUAUUUACAAAGAAAUAAGUUUCUCUCGAAAUACCUUCAAAAAUCAUCCGACGCAUCAAACUGAAUAUUUUGAAAAGGAUAUUUAAGAGAUGGGACUGAUUUUUAUUUAUAUGAUUAGAAUCUCGAUAGAAAACUUAGUGUUCAAAAUGUUAAAUUGUGCAAGCAGUCAAGAAAAUGUGUAUGUAAAUUGAUAAUAAAAAAUGUGUAUUUAAUGAAUACAGAAUAUAUGUUUAUAUAAG